AUGGCACCCAAAGCUGCAAAAGCGAAAGCUGUUGGAAAGGCGGUGACCAAAGCCUCGGGCAAGGCCUCUGCCCCGGAGCCCGAGCCGCCCCUAAAGCCUUCAGUCCCCGCCGUCCCGCAGCCCAGCGAGGCCGUGACUCUCACUGCCAAGCAGGCCGAAGGGCUCUUAGCCAGCCUGUGCGCAGAGGAACUCCGCAUCCUGGCUGAGACCACGGACGAGGAAGAGCAGCUUGCAGCUCGCCAGGUGCUCGAGUAUGUUGGCGACAAAGAUGUGAGCUGGGAAAAUGCGCAACGGUCACUUUCCACCGGCAACCAGCUUGUCAAUGAGAUCCUGGAGAUGCAGACAGGCGAAUUCAUCACGAAGCAAAGCUUGCAGAGGUUUGAAGAGCUUGGCCACCCGGACGUUUCCGCACUGUGGGGCAAAAGCCGAAGUGCUUACGUCCUGGCUGUUUUCGUGCAGGCGUGUCUUCAGGAUGCCCGUGAUCGUCUGGGACUGACGGCCGCGGCACCCCCUCCACCCCCAAUGCCGCAAGAGCCUCCAGCAUGGCCCCUGGUCAUCGGCUUCAAGGAGUUGCCUGCGCGUAUUGCAGAAGUUGUCCGGUGGAGCAGAACGGUGCUGGUGGUGUGCAACGGCCAUGCCAAGGAAGCUGACACGUUCCUGACUUACUCUGCGUACGUGCAAAUUGAUGCCAAAUGGGUCAUGGGAGAAACUAUGAUCAGAAAGACCAUGGGCAUCGAGGAAAUGCAGGAAAGCCUGCGAAAACGAGUUGUGAGCGCUAUGAAGUCUGGACUGCCACUGCAUAUCGCCAUGGCAAACACGGCCGUGGCUUUCAAAGAUAAGUUUUGUGCAGAGCACACAUUUCCUCAUUCCGUCUUCAAUUUUUCAAUGUUCAGAGGUGAGACGGGAACGGAGGCAGGCGAGUAUAGGAAGAUCAUUCGAGAUGUGGACUUGGAGGAUUGGCCUGGGAGCUUUCCCGGCCGAAUGAAGGAGGGUUUCUUUGUGGUGGUCACAACUGACUUUGACCUCGAGUCUGCUCGAGAAUUCCUCCCCUCAUCUCUGCCGUACUUCAACGACAUGGCCAUCCUGGAAGUUAUGUGCUUGCCGGACAACUAUGGAGCAUGGCCAGCUCCCUUUUGCUCCUGCGAGCGAUGCCCCGGUGAUGUGCCUCAUUGUGCGCGCUUCGAGCGCUGGGCCAAAGCUGCCAAUGUCGAUUCUGUGAAGCAGAGUGGGCGGUACCAGGAGUUGCUGGAGGAAGCUGCCAGGGGCUCGCCACAUCUUUCGCCUGACAAGGAACGACAACUUCAGCUCGACUUGGAUCGGACUUGGCCAUCUUUGCGUAUGUUUUCAGAGCACAGCGGUGGUCGACAGUCGCUGGCCAACCUGCUGAAGGCUUGGAUCAUCUUCGAUGGGAACGAAGCCCAGCAGGCGAGCGCAGUGGACAGAUGUCAAGAAGCCAGUGCUCAGGCCACUGGAACUUGUGUGUGUGUGGGUGUGUGUGUGUGUGAGUGUGUGUGUUGUUGUGCCGAAGAGAUGGCUGCAGAUGGCUGCCGCUCUUGA